ACCGCACCUCUCUCUUUCUCUCCAUUUGUUAUCUCCCAAUUCAAGCUAGUCAAAAAGACUACACCUUUUCGUUUAAAGCUUCACUUUUGGGUUCAUAAAGCACAAGUCUUGAUCAAGAAUCGACGGGUUUUUGAUUCAAGAAACUAGGUUCUUGUUGUUGUUGGUGCAAGAGGUGAAGUGGGUUCUUGUGGGUUUUUUCUGUUUGUGUUCUGAAAAAGAAGGGCUUCAGAUUUUGACAUAUUCAACAUGGAACUUUUAUCAGAGUGUGGUUUGUGCAUUUCUGGGGUUAAUGAGAUGAGUCUGUGCUCCAAAUCCAAAGAAUCAAAUUCAAGAGCUUUUCCUGUUUUGGGUGUUGAUUUCUUUGGAAAACCCAUCUCAGAUCACAAGGGCUUAAAGAGUUUGAGGGUCAAGGCCCCCAGAAAUUUCACUGUUCAUGUACAAGCAUCAAUUUGUGUAAGCAAAGCUAUGAAAUGGUGGGAGAAAACUUUAAAACCCAACAUGGUGGAGAUUUAUUCUGCUCAAGAACUCAUUGAUUCUUUGCAUACUGCUGGUGAUAGAUUGGUUGUAGUGGAUUUUUACUCACCUGGUUGUGGAGGUUGCAGAGCUCUGCAUCCCAAGAUCUGUCAGCUGGCUGAACAGAACCCAGAUGCAAUUUUUCUGAAGGUGAACUAUGAAGAGCGCAAGACUAUGUGUCAUGGUCUCCACAUACAUGUGUUACCAUUCUUUAGGUUUUAUAAAGGCGCAGAAGGGCGAGUAUGUAGCUUCAGCUGCACCAAUGCCACUAUCAAGAAAUUCAAAGAUGCCUUAGCUAAAUAUGGGGCUGAGGGUUGUAGUCUUGGCCCAGCAAAAGGCUUAGAUGAGUCUGAGAUACUACACUUGGCUGAGAUAGGUGAAUUAUCAGCAAGAUCUUCUCCACCAUUAACCAGAGAAGAAAUAGUGGAGGAGUAUUUGGUCAUGAAAAGCACAGAUUUGUCUGGUGUCUGGAGUAAUGUAAUCCAUGACCAUGACAUAGAACUAGCAGAAGAAGAAAGUGCCUUGCUGAAGAUCUGAAGGUUCCAAUUAAGGCAUGUUGGAGUAAAGCAGCUCCACUUUUGUCAUAUCAAUUCUUCUGCUUGGUGUUGUAAAUAUAUCAUUAUUAUUAGGUUUUCCAUAAGCCGGGUUCUAAUCUUUUUUCCAAUGAACCCCGCAAUUCUGGUUAAUCUGUUAUUGGAUUUGAGGUUGUAGUAGAUCUGAUUGAGAGCUUAAUACAGAUCUAGAUUGUUACAUAUGUAUCAUUUAUCUUAGUGAAUGGGGUCAAGGCAAUGAUCUUUUUCACAGU